AUGUAUAUCAAUAACAAAGAGAUAAUUGAAGAUAAAACUAUAAAUGGAUAAAACAAUCCAAUAGACAGACACAAACAAUAGAUUUUGUAAAUUGUAAAUCUUCUUGAAUUAAUUUAAAAUUCUCUUUUUUCAAAUAAUUUAUUUGCCUCUAUUUAUGUUAUAUUUCUAAAAUUGGUUAGUUUUUCUUUUUUAUAUUUCAGUAAUCUCCAUAAGUAAGAUAUAUCAAAAAUAGAAGUGAAUGCUGGAAUAAAUAUAUUUAAGUAAGAAAUAGUAAUUUGA